CGUCAUGGCCCGAGGCAACAAAUCCUCCUUCCGCGGAUUCAUGGCGCCGCGCUAUAAGUCUCGCCUCGACCCUGCUUGCGAAAGUACGGCAGCUUGUCUAGAGAUUCCAGCAGCAUCGUCGGCUAGUCCAAACUGAAGCAAGGGAGGUCGUGCGGCAUGGAGUCGGGCAAGGAGGCCGCGGCGAACGCCGGCGCGUCAGCGCGCGCCGGCAUGGAGAAGACGAGAGCCGCCGUGCAGGGGCAGGUGGACAAGGCCGCGGCGUACACGACGGGGCACAGGGAGGCGGCGGUGGUGAACAAGGAGGCGGCCGAGGUGAAGAAGCAGCAGCGGAUUUACGCCGCCGAGGAGGAGAAGCAGCGCGCCGUGCGGGAUAACGCCGCCGCCAAGGAGCGCGCCAGCGGCGCAGAGACGGAGGACCGCCACGGCAGCCACGGUGAGGAAUGAGGAGUGCGCGUCUCGCCGAGGCACGGCGGCGCGUGACCCGAGCGACCGGCGCAGUGUGAUCCAGCAGUUAUACGUAUUCUUUUUUCUUUUUCUUUUUUUUUUGCGGAAAAGCAGUUAUACGUAUUCUUAUGGUGUUAACCGUGUCGUGUGCGUUUUCCGUAACUCGGGCAUUGAUGAUGUUUUCCGCUGCUGCUUGUGAUCUGUAAUCGAACGAGAUGUGUGUAUACAAUUGUUAGUACGGUACAA